AGUCAGGGACAGCAGGAACCAUGGUGAGUGGAGUUUGAGUGUAGAAAAGCUCAGGCUUCACUUUGAUACUGCAGCAGCACAGGGAUACGCCGCUCCACCUGAAAGCUCCUGACUCAAAAAAAACAAACAAAAAACCCUCUGCAAGACCUUCCAGCGCCCAGACGAAAUGUCAGAGGUUUCCUCUCAACGGUAUCCAGGACAGUCUACACCCUGACAGAAUCUUGUACAAGAGUCACAGGCGAGCCAAACGAGGUGCAGAUCCACUGGUGGUUCUCUUUCAUGUCAUGGUGACGAUUAACUGGGAACUGGUCUGUGAGAAUCCGUAGCCUCCAAGAUGCCUGUGAUGAAAGGCCUCCUCGCUCCACAAAACACCUUCUUGGACAGCAUUGCGAACCACUUCGAUGGCACUCACAGUAACUUCCUACUGGGAAAUGCUCAGGGUCGCUAUGGUUACCCCAUCGUGUACUGCUCUGACGGGUUCUGUGAGCUGACCGGCUUUGUUCGGACUGAGGUGAUGCAGAAAACAUGCACCUGCAGCUUCCUCCACGGGGCCGAGACCAGUGACAGUGCGGUCCAACAGGUGGACAAAGCUCUGGAGGGACAGCAGGAGUACCAGGGAGAAGUCUGCUUCUACAGGAAGAACGGAAAUCCAUUUUGGUGCCUCCUGGAUAUCGUGCCGAUUAAAAACGAGAGAGGUGAAGUGGUGCUGUUCCUGUUGUCCUUUAAAGACAUCAGUGAAUCAUAUGGGGAAAGCUGUCACUACAACCACGGCGAUGGUUUGCCACAGGCUGCGUAUCAGAGCAGGAAAAUCAACCAGUCUCACUUCACCCAAGCUCGAGAGCGAGGGAGGACAGUUCUGCACCACCUGACCAACCUGUUCACCAAGAGGGGCAAGAGGAAACUGACCGAGAGUGUGUUCCAGAAACCGUCCCUGCCCGAGUACAAGGUGGCGGCGGUGAAGAAGUCACGCUUCAUCCUGCUGCACUACAGCGUCUCCAAGGCCUUGUGGGAUUGGCUAAUUCUGCUGGCGACCUUCUAUGUCGCCGUCACCGUGCCUUACGACGUCUGCUUCGCCAGUCACAGCGAGAACGUGGACCAUCAGUCACCUGUCGGUCACAGCACUUUAGGCAGUGACAUAGCAGUGGAGAUGCUCUUCAUACUCGAUAUCAUCCUGAAUUUCCGUACCACCUAUGUAAGCCAGUCGGGCCAGGUAGUGUACGACGCCCGGUCAAUCUACCUCCAUUACUGCACCACGUGGUUCUUCGUGGAUCUGAUCGCAGCUUUGCCUUUCGACCUUCUCUACGCUUUCAACAUCACUGUGACCUCGCUCGUGCACUUGCUGAAGACGGUGCGUCUGCUGCGUCUGCUGCGCCUGCUACAGAAAUUGGAUCGCUACUCCCAGUACAGCGCUGUCGUCCUGACCCUGCUCAUGUCUGUGUUUGCUCUGCUGGCUCACUGGAUGGCCUGUGUCUGGUACGUGAUUGGACGCAAGGAGAUAGAGAGCAGUGACCCUGUCACCUGGGAUAUAGGCUGGCUUCAGGAGCUGGGAAAGCGUCUGGAUACGCCGUUCAUCAACAGCACCACGGGUGGUCCCUCCUUGCCCAGCGCCUACAUCGCCUCUCUUUAUUUCACCCUCAGUAGCCUUACCAGUGUUGGGUUUGGCAACGUGUGUGCCAAUACGGACGCAGAGAAAAUCUUCUCCAUCUGCAUCAUGCUCAUGGGCGCCCUGAUGCAUGCAGUCGUCUUCGGCAACGUGACGGCCAUCAUCCAGCGCAUGUACUCACGCCGCUCACUCUAUCACACCCGCAUGAAGGAUCUCAAAGACUUCAUCCGCGUGCAUCGGCUGCCUCAGCAGCUGAAGCAGAGGAUGGUGGAGUACUUUCAGGCCACCUGGUCGGUCAACAAUGGCAUCAACGCCAAUGAGUUGCUGCACGACUUCCCCGAUGAACUGCGAGCCGACAUUGCCAUGCAUCUGAACAAAGACAUCCUGCAGCUGCCUGUGUUUGAGCGGGCCAGCAGAGGGUGUCUGCGCUCCCUCUCCCUGCACAUUAAGACCUCCUUCUGUGCACCGGGAGAAUACCUCAUACGCCACGGAGACGCUCUACAGGCCAACUAUUUUGUCUGUUCAGGUUCUCUGGAGGUUCUCAAAGACAACACAGUCAUAGCCAUCCUAGGCAAAGGUGACCUCAUCGGGGCCGAUCUCCCUGAACAAGACGAGGUGAUAAAGACCAACGCUGAUGUUAAAGCGCUGACCUACUGUGAUCUGCAGCACAUCAGUGUCAGAGCUUUAAGGGAGGUCCUCAGUCUGUACCCAGAGUACGGAAGCCGCUUCAGCGCUGACAUCCACCACAAUCUCACCUAUAACUUGAGGGAGGGCAGUGAAACAGAUGGAACAAACCGGUUUCCAUGGACUCCCAGACUCUCUCAGGGACAUGUUUCUUUGGACCAUAAAUUACCUUAUAUCAUCGAGGCAGACGAUGCAGUGCACGAAGAAGACAUGAGACACUCUCAGCAGAAGAAAGUGCCUCUACUGCAGAGAAUGGGCAGCCCUGUUCAUCAGCCCCGCCUCAGCACCCUGUUGGAGGAGGAGCUUCGCCACAUAAACCCACUCCGCCUCUGUAGGUCACCUGUUCAAGGCAGCAGAGGCCGAAGCCCCUCUCCGCAGAGGUUCACCGAGGAGCUGUCUCUGUCUCCUUUGCCCAGUCUUACCACCGACACGGACUUUAACCAUCGACCCGCCAAGCUGCUCAUGCCAUCCCUGCCUUGUGUUAGUCCACUCAACCUUAGCCCCAGGUAAGCCUGGUUGUGGAUUGAGGACAAUGGUCGCACUUUCCAGUUUAAUGUGGAGCAGAGCGAAACCAAGACUAAUGUAACAGAGCGGUUACAAGUGAGUGCUAACCUGCUUUUAGAAACAGAGGAAGUGAGACAAAACAUAAGCAAGCUGAACAAAGAGGUGAAUAACCUGAACCAAGAUGUAUCCAACCUUGCCAAGGAGCUGCAUGACAUAAUGCAUUACCUACAGUCUCAUAUGACCAUGCUUCAUUAUGCCCCUCCGGUUUCCUCGUAUACCUAUGGAUUACAGAUGGCUCCCACACCUAACGUGACCGCUGCCAGUGACUGGCAGACACACGUCCCUUUAAAUAUAGCCACUGGGCUGCACCUCCACCAUGAAGCAAUCAGCCACCCUGCCAGAAAUGUGUUAGGCUGCACUGGGACUCCCUCCCAUGGCAGAAGUCCCACCAUGUUGCACACUUCAAGCCCUGCUUCAUCGUGUUUACACUUGUGCUGUUCUGACAGAGAAGGGCCCACAGCUCACAGGCUACAGAGCCAGUGUGCCCCCUUCCAAAGCUCCAUAGCAGCCCCAAGCUCUCCUUACAUGACCCACUCUCUUGAUCGAGGAGGUUCAUCCCUGUUGGGCCUCAGUUCUGCCUUCAGCAGCUUCCCUGUGGUUUGUCAGGCCCAGCGGGGGAACUACAAUGCCUCUAUUCCUACAAUGAGCAACUCUCUUCCCAUAUGUUCUCCGGUAAAUUCAGGUUUCACAUAUCCUUCUCUGUGUGUCCAAACCAACACUGACGCCACACUUAAUCAGACCAGGUCUCAGACACCCAUCCAUACCUCCAUCACUCCCACCAGCAAGCCACAGUAUCACACUGCCUUCAGCUCUCUUAGCCCCUCAGGAGGUCACACAUCAAUAUGCACAGGACACAUCCUGGGCCAACAGAGCUCUGUCAAUAGUCCUGGGCAGAAUGACCCAUUAGGAUCCAACUCUUUCCACCACACUCACGACAUCACAUGUUCUCUGCUGGGUCAGGCAGCAAACAGAGGCUCCAGAGCUUCACUGUAUCAAGAGAGGACAGACGAUGCAGGAGAGUCACAGGGAAAGAGCAGCAUUACUCCAACCCCAGAAGUUCAACCACCUCCUGCAGCCGCAUACUGAUCAUCAGGGUCUUGUUUUGUUAUUAUUAUUUGCUGAUAAUGGUGUAAAAUUUUAAUUUAUUAAUAAGUCUAAAUGCAUGAAUUGUUGAAGCACUACAAGUAAAUAAAAUGUUUUUUACUUUAUUAAUGAUUCUACUUAUAGAUUCUAUGUAUAUGAUUACAGCUUUAUUUGUGAAUGAGUUUUGGUUGUAAUUACUUGAAGGUCUACGGUGAUCAGAACAGGGGGACAAUUAUUAACAGGUCACUCACCACUUUCUUUUUAACAUUAAGUUGCAUUUAUGCAUUUUGACGGACAUUAGUGCAUAGUCACCACUGCAAUAACAAUUAUUAUACCAGUAGAGAAUGUGGGCUUGACAUGCAACAUGUGGGUAUGCAGCACCACUUAGUGGUGACAGGUGGUUACAGAAGCUACAGCUGUUAUUUCAUCACACUGAGCACAGUGUUCAUUUCA